AAGAACAUGCGUUUCACACACAUCCGAUCAGUCGAGUGAGCCAAGCUCGGUGAGACAGUUCGCCUGCCUGAUUUGUGUGUUUCAGUUGAUACAGCACAUGGCGCGAAUUGGGGCCUGUUAGGGGAAUUUGCCAUUUUACAGUGUGUUGUCCACCGGCAUAUCUAGCUGUCUGCGUGUGACACCUCGUGUAGUACACAUAGACGUGUAACGGUGGAUCAAUUAGCCUCUAUAAGACAGGCACUGUGUCGUGACAUUCUUCUACGUACUGGUGCCGAUAUACGGAUUGGAAAUAUUGUUUUCAGUAGUGGUAGUUUCACCGCCCACAGUGUAAUCCAAGUGUGUUGCAUCCAAACAAACCCCUACGCAGUACAGACACGAUCAAACGCAUACAGAAGCUUAACGAUGGUAAAUAACGCUUAACGACCGUACCUACACACAUUCAGAACCGUAAGAAGCGUCCGAGGGUGCGCGUGUGUUGUUAUAAAAGUAGCUGGAACGUUGUACAGCGUGCUCACAGUGCUUCCGGUCGCCAGUACCAACGAUCUGCUGGAUAACUGAUCUUGGAGUAACGCAUCAAGGAACAUGCAGAUCUCUACAACAGUACUAUCCGUCACGCUGGUGAUUGCCACUAUCUGCCAGACGGUAGUAGCACAGCAAUUCAACCAAUGUACCGGUAGUGAAAGCUGCAUCAACAUUGAAGAAUGUUCCCGAUUUGGUCCACAUUUUCACGAACCUGCCAAAUGGUCCGAUAGCUUAAAGCAUGAGUUCAGGGCAAAGGUGUGUCAGCGAGAAAGGACCAGUAAUGGCAAUGUAUUCAAGGUGUGCUGUCAGCGAGCAGCUACUUUCAGCAGUAACCGUAAACGAGGACUAGAGGUGCUCGAUCUGGAAGGUUGUGGAGCAUACUCUGAAGAUAGGAUUGCAUUCGGUCAGGAUGCUAAACUGUUUCAGUAUCCUUGGAUGGCGCUCCUAAAGCCAAAGUUUGGUAACUUCCUCUGUGGUGGUACGCUGAUCAAUGAGCGUUACGUACUUACGGCCGCACAUUGUCUCAAAAAUAAUGACGUUGCUAUAGUUCGUUUAGGCGAGUUUGAUCUGAGAAACACAACCGAUUGUGACAAACGUGGUGAGUUGUGUGCACUGCCACCGCAGGACAUUCCCGUCGAACGAGCCAUCCUGCACGAAAGCUACAGUUCGAGACGUAAAGUAAACGACAUUGCAUUGAUCCGGCUGGCAGAAGCAGCAUCUUACAAUGAUAAUGUUUUGCCAAUCUGUUUGCCUGUAUCGCCGACAAUGCGUACCACGCAGAAAAUCUACUUCGUUGCCGGCUGGGGUGCAACAGAAUCCGCCCCACACUCCGAUAAGCUUCAGUUCACCAAGCUCAGUUUGCUGCCAAACGAUGAAUGCUUACAGCAAUUGCUAAGAGUGGAUUCCUUCACAAAGUUAAACGACAAUCAGAUGUGUGCGAUCGGUGCGAAUCUGACCGAUAAUUGUACCGGCGAUUCGGGUGGACCGCUUAAAUCGAUUAGCCUCAAUGCACGCUACGUCCAGUACGGUAUCGUGUCGUUUGGUUUGCGUACCUGUGGCAAACAAAGUGCACCGGGCGUCUACACCAAGGUGGAGAACUAUAUCGACUGGAUAUUGGACAAGCUGGAGGAAUUCAACAAAUGCACCGAGGGUGAAACGUGCAUACAUAUUAAGGACUGCGAACGGUUUAGUCCACACCCUAAUGAACCCGCCAAAUGGUCCACGAGCUUAAGAAAUGAGUUCCGGAAACGGGUCUGCCAGCGGGAAAAAAACGAUGGCAGAAGUGUGUUCAAGGUGUGUUGUGAUGCCCCAUCAUCGUCAUCAUCAUCAUCAUCAUCAUUGGAAGUGAUCGACCGUAAGCAAGGAUUGGAGCUGCUCGAUCUAGAGCACUGUGGUUCCUACACGGACGAUAAGAUUUCGUACGGCAAUGAUGCUAAACUGUUUCAGUUUCCAUGGAUGGCGCUGCUGAAAUCUAAAACUGGAAGCUUCUUCUGUGGCGGUACUCUGAUCAACGAACGCUACGUACUAUCGGCGGCACACUGUCUCGUGAACUAUGUUGUUGCGUUCGUACGGCUUGGCGAGUACGAUCUAAACAGUACGAUCGAUUGUGAUAAGCAUGGCGAGUGUGCUAUGGCACCGCAGGACAUUCCAGUGGAGCGUAUCCUGAGCCACGAGGACUACAGUGGACGAUACAAGCUGAACGAUAUUGGACUGAUUCGGUUGGCGCGCCGAGCCGAUUUGAACGAUAAUGUGCUUCCAAUAUGUUUGCCGGUAUCACCCGCACUGCGCACAAAGCAAACGAUCUUCUUCGUGGUCGGUUGGGGCCAAACGCACAACGCACUGUUCUCCAACAAACUGCAGUACACCAAAGUGAACUUGGUGCAGAAUGACGAGUGCCAGACGCAGCUCCGGCAGAAAGACAAAUUUGUCCGCAUCGUCGAUGGACAGCUGUGUGCGAUCGGUACUGAUCUGGGCGACAAUUGUUCCGGCGAUUCGGGCGGCCCGUUAAAGUCGAUCAGUGUUCAACACUCUCGCUACGUCCAGUACGGUGUGGUGUCGUUUGGUUUGCGUACCUGUGGCAAACAAAGUGCACCGGGUGUCUACACCAAGGUGGAGAACUAUAUUGACUGGAUUUUAAGCCGAUUGGAAGAGUGAUCUCUAUGGAUGGACAGCUUUUAUCCUUUACCACUGUGGGUUAGAUACAUGGAAAGAACGUAAUCAACAUGACAAUUUUAACAUAUAAUUUAAUUUAACACUUCACGAAUCUCUUCAUUUAGGGUCAUAUUUAAGAAGAGUACCAAUACUCAUAUAAAUAUAUACAAUGCAUCAUAAAGUAAGAAACUGUUGCACUGCUGCACAAAUGAACUAAUUAAUUGUUCUUUUAAUAAAAAAAACGAAUUUCGCUUAGAACUCUGUUUUUAGUCAUAUGAUGACUUAUUAAUUUGUUGUUCAUUGUUGGUCCUCUGUGACAAGAAUUACUCAGUCAGUAAUUCUUUGUAAAAAGAGUGAACACACGAUAAUGCUAGAUCAGUGUUAAG